UAUUCUACCAUAUCAUCUCUACUACUACGGUACUACCUGUAGCUAGCUUGCAGCUAGUAAUUUCAAAAAUGGAGAGAUCAGUAAUAGAAACAAGAAGAAGUUGUUUGAUGCUUAUUUGUGUUGCAUCUUUGCUUUCUCAAAACUUGGUGUUUUGUGCUAAUUCAAACAACAAUAACCAUGAUGAAGAUCAAAAGAACAUCUACCUUCCUCCUUUCUUCCCUAGCUUUGGAUCUCCUCCUCCACUUGUCCUCACUCCCCCUGUUGACCCUUCUACCCCUAUUGUCCCUUCUCCACCCAUUGGUUACUACACUAGCCCACCACCGAGUUAUGGAGGUACACCACCUAGUCAUGGCUCAGGAGGAAGCACACCACCGGUUCACCACACACCAACACCAUCUCAUGGUAGUGGCGGUGGCCAUCACCAUGCGAAAACCCCACCAACUAACUGUGGUAACCCCCCAAAACCUCGUUCACCACCCAAGCGUAGUCCUGUAGACCCAUCUCCACCUCCAACAUACCACUACAGCCCCCCAAUCGGUGGCAGCACACCACUUCCUCCCAUCACCCCUGGCGUCCCAUUUCCAUCACCUCCAACUGACCCUAACUCGCCUCCCAUUGGUGGUCCUUGCGAUUUCUGGAGGAACCACCCAACGAUUAUAUGGGGACUAUUUGGAUGGUACGGGACGACUCUCGGCUCAGCCUUUGGCAUAGGUACUCUUCCCGGAUCCGGAGCAAGUCUCAACUUAGUGCAAGCACUAUCAAACACCAGAAGCGAUGGGAUCGGUGCACUCUAUAGGGAAGGAACCGCCUCCCUACUAAACUCAAUGGUUAACAAGCACUUUCCAUACACAACCACCCACGUGAAAGAUAGUUUCUUGGCUGCAGUUGGGUCAAACAAGGCUGCCGCGGCUCAGGCUAGGGUGUUCAAGCUAGCCAACGAGGGUCAUAUGAAGCUUCGAGUUUAAUUAAUUAAUUAUUAAUUAAGAUAUAUAUAGAUUAUUUAAUUUGUGUAAGUCUUUAUUUGAAGUUUAAAUCGUUGUUAAUUAGUAUCAUAUGCAUGCACUACUUGUUUUAUGUUGAGUCGAUCGUCAUUUAAGUUUGUAAGGUACGUACGUUGUUAUGCAGAAUUUUCUUAAUUGUUUA